UCUGCUGUGCUUGUCUCGCCUCCCUGUUCCCCGCUUCUCUCUCUGCGGCAGCAAUAAAAAUAAAUAAAUCUGGCGCAGGUGCUGGGAGGAGGACGACGCACGCACCGUCACAAGCAGCUCAAUCUCUUUCUCCUUUUCUUUUCUCUGCCCCCUCCCUUAUCCCCACGCCCAGGAAACGCGUCUCCGGAGGAGGAAGGGAAGAUUUCAUCUUUUUUGCCCCCAAGAUGUCCUCCCCAAGCAAGCGCCGCGAGAUGGACCUCAUGAAGCUGAUGAUGAGCGACUAUAAGGUGGAGAUGGUGAACGAUGGGAUGCAAGAAUUCUUCGUGGAAUUCCGAGGGCCUACUGAAAAUGAAUUGCUCGCUUGUUCAUUUCCCCUGGAGCAUCUUCGCGAUUUGGUGAAUUUAAGUACAGUAUAUCUUUUCUGUUGUAUGGGAAGAGCGGCUAUAUUUCUAAUCAAUUGUGGAUGUGUUCUAAAUUUGAUAGGUAUUUAUCAAGGUGGUGUCUGGAAGGUUAGAGUAGAACUGCCUGAUGCAUAUCCUUACAAAUCUCCGUCAAUUGGUUUCAUUAAUAAGAUUUAUCACCCGAAUGUGGAUGAAAUGUCUGGUUCCGUAUGUUUAGAUGUUAUCAACCAGACAUGGAGCCCAAUGUUUGAUCUAGUAAAUGUGUUCGAAGUCUUCCUUCCACAACUUCUGUUGUACCCAAAUCCGUCUGAUCCAUUAAAUGGAGAGGCUGCUGCACUUAUGAUGCGAGAUCGCCCUGCUUAUGAACAAAAAGUGAAAGAAUUUUGUGAAAAAUAUGCGAAACCAGAGGAUGCUGGCAUAACCCCAGAAGACAAGUCCAGUGAUGAAGAGGAGCUUAGCGAAGACGAAGAUGACUCCGGCGAUGAGGAUAUAGUGGGCAAACCAGAUCCUUAGUCACUACCACAACCCGUUGUAUACAAUGUUGGUUGCAAAAUUUGCAAUCAAAUUGAUCCAGAAAAUCUGGGAAAGAGAACUUUGUAUGUCAUGUAAAUAAGUGUACUUGUAUCUUAUCCAAUGUUGUUUUCUUCAGUUGACCAA